UGCUUAAUCUUCUAAAUAAUCAAAGCAGCCCUCUGUAACCCUCUUCAAGAGAUGUUUUGCGUCCUAAUGUAAUUUUAGAGCCAGAUGUAUCCCUGUGAAUUUGAACCAACAGUGUUUCAUAUAGUCAGUGCAUUCAAGUGAUGCAUGCAAAACAUAGUGUGAGUCUGUGACUUGGCAGCGCUGGCAGAAGCAGUGCAUGUUGUUGCAGUGGUGUAUCUGUGCUGCUGCUGUGCUCAUGGCUCAGAGGAGGGCUGCCGGUGGCUGCUGCUGCCCCAGGGUGCCCAUGAAUGAAGACAACGCCCGUUUCUGCCUUCUGGCUGGGCUCAUCUUACUCUACUUAUUAUGUGGGGCUGCCAUCUUCUCAGCCCUGGAGCACCCCUUUGAGCUGCGUGCCCGACGCCUCUGGAAACAACAGCUGGACAACUUUACCCAGCGGUAUAGGGUCAACCUGGGUGCCCUACAUACUCUGCUGAGACAGUACGAGGAGGCGAAUGGAGCUGGGAUCAGAGUGGAUGCGCUGAGGCCCCGAUGGGACUUUUCUGGAGCUUUCUACUUUGUGGGCACUGUGGUCUCUACUAUUGGAUUUGGCAUGACCACACCAGCGACCAUCGCUGGAAAAAUAUUCUUGAUCUUCUACGGUCUCAUUGGCUGUGCUGCCACCAUCCUCUUCUUUAACCUCUUCCUGGAGAGGAUCAUCACGAUGCUAGCUUACAUCAUGCGCUGGUGUCAUGAACGUCGGCUGAGGUGUGGUGGGGUUGGGGUGAUGUCGAGCAGGGAGGAGACAUCGGGCGAGGAGGACAGCCUGGAAGGCUGGAAACCAUCAGUCUAUUAUGUUAUGCUGAUCCUGGGAAUAGCAUCUAUCGUGAUCGCCUGCAGUGCCUCCACCCUGUACUGCACCAUGGAGAACUGGAGCUACGUGGACUCCCUCUACUUCUGCUUUGUGGCCUUCAGCACCAUUGGCUUCGGGGACUUGGUGAGCAGUCAGAGACAGCAGUAUGAGUCCCAGGAAGCCUACCGGCUCGGGAACUGCCUUUUCAUUUUAAUGGGAGUAUGUUGUAUCUACUCACUUUUCAAUGUCAUUUCUAUUGUCAUAAAGCAAACUCUCAACUGGAUUCUGGGUAAGCUGGUCUGCUCGGGGCAGCAUCAGCUCUGCUCUUGCUGUGCACCUGGCUGCUGGGGGCUCUGCUGCCCCUGCCUCCAAAACAAAAAUCACAACCAGAGGCGCCUGCCUGCACACAUCAGGCAAAAAUGCUUAAAACGCAACACCGUGCAGCCGAUCUCAUCCCACUGCCCUGCAGGAAGACACGGCUACACAGACGGCUCAGUGGAGACAGUGUGUGACAGUGAGACGGAGGCAGGUGCAGUGGCUGAUGGGGUAUACGUGGGCCGUCGUCUGUCAGGAGAGAUGAUCUCUGUCAAUGAAUUCAUGGUGUCCAAUAAGGUGUCUCUGGCACUGCUGCAGAAGCAGCUGAGCGAAACAGCUCAUCAGGGCCCACGGCAGAGCUACGGCCAUCAAAAUGGAUUCUCUGCUGGAGUAGGGGCCUUGGCCAUUAUGAAUAAUCGCCUACAAGAAACCAGUGUGGAUAGAUAGCACCACAUUGUAUAACACACUAAGAUUUUAUUUGUGUGUACAUUGUUUUAGGGUCUUUAUAUUAGAGCCCUAAUCCAACCUGUUUCAUAACUGAGUGAUCUCAAGAAAGUCAAUAAUUUGCCCUCUCAGCACGACACAACAAAGAGAUAGAUGGAAUAAUUUUCCUCUAAUUAGCCUCUGUUUAGAGUCUCUCUGAGUAAUGUCAGUGGAAGUCUAUGCAGAUAAUAGCAGACCUCCAGCAUGGAUGCUGGACACCAAAUAAUUGUUCACAUUUUGUUCUGUGAGGAGAAAGAUGAAUACAGUUUAUAGAAUUCAGCAUCACUGUGAAGAGGGGUCUGAUUUCCUGAAGUGAUUGGCUCAUACAAACGCAAUCAGAUGAAAGAAGCAGUGAAGGACCACUCAAAGGGGACUGCUGAUUUAAGAGUGCUGCACAUGUCACCCGUCCUUCUCUACAAAUAUGGUUGUAUGUGAGGUAGCAGUCAGUAUUAGUGAACAUACAGACAUAGCCACACUAUCUACAGUCUCCUCUAAGGUAACAGACAUCUGCAUAUAUAAAACAUUUGAAUUGUGAUUAGUUUUUCAACAGAGCUUCUCAAACCCACUACAGGAGCUCGGAGAAAGAGACAUUUUAAUUUGUUGAUUGCACAGAAGUAGCCCACCUUUUUUUCAUCAGCCCAUGUAAUUGAAAUUCACAGUAAUCAUGAAAGAGCACUGAGAUCCAGAGUUUUCAAUGGAGCACAUCUAAUCAAAUGUGGCCUGUAGAGGACGUCCUUAUGUCAAUAAGUGCUGUACAGAUAGCCAUAGGAUCACAGGAACCGAACGGUGAGCAAGAUUCGGUCUCUCAUUGGCCAGCUGGAGGAGAUCCUUUACUAUGCAAGAAAACCCAUUUAAUCCAUCCUGUGUCAUCCUGUAUCAUCUAUAAGGCAGAUUUUCAUCAGUGCUUUGGAUGAGUGUGUGGAGAAAAGCUUCCUCCUUAGAGAUCUCACAGGAACCAAAAUCAUCCAUUUUCGCUGUAGUGAUCACGCUUAAUGAAUUGUCUUGACUGUUUCUGAUUUCAAAGCAAUGAGGAAUAUAGUUCUUUAGUGGGUUAUCGUGGGUAAAAACAAAGCAAGUUGUCAGUCAAAUAUUCUUUAUUUAGAUUUAAAACAAUCAUGACCUUAACAUGUAAUGUCUAUACACGGAAUUACUCACUGAAAUAAUUUAAUAAUGCAGUAUGAUGCAGAUAAAAUGACCCAUCUCUUAUGCUGUUUGCUUUAUCAACUCUUAAAAAGCACAGAACAUGUCAUCCAAUUUAUGGAAAAAAUACAUUUCAUAUACUCUGUAUUGAAGAAUGUGUUUAGUAAUAUGGUUUAAUAUAUGGAAAGAAUCACACAAAAUGUGUACAUGUAGAAUUUAUUUAUGUAAAAUACAUUUUGAUUGGUCAGUAAAUAUAGAUCUUAGUUUAUUUGGAUACUUUUAUUCCAUUUCUGGUCAUCAAACUGCAACAUGCUCUUCUGUUAAUAAUCUAACUUUUAUUUCAACAAAGAACUAAUUUUCCAAACAACACUCCAGCAGAGUGGAUUUUACUCUAUAUGUUUAAAACAACAAAAACAACAACAACAACAACAACAAAAACAACAACAACAACAACAAAAACAAAAA